AUGGGCCCCUUAAAAAAGUCUGGAGCUAUGAACAGAAAAAUUAAAAAACGAAAAAUUGAGGAUAAUGUUGAAUUGUCUAAGCAAAUGAAAUUAUUUUUGGCAAAACAUGUAAGAGAUAAUAAUUGUUCAAUUAUUUCAAGCUCUAUAACUUCACCGUGUACUAGUAAAACGGAAUUAUGCACUGAUUUAUCAGCUAUUAAUUCUCUAGACCCUGAAGAUCAUAUAGACAUUCCCAUUAAUUUAGAAAAUGAUUUGUCUAAGCAAAUAUCAACAAAUCAAGAUGAUGAUUCGGAUUUUAUAAAUGCAUUAGCUUCCUCUUCUUCGGAUAUAACUAAAAUAGCAUUAUUCAGUGAUCAACCACAAUUAAAUAUUCUUGAAUGGAAUGACUUAGUAAACAUUGACAAUAAUUUGAAAAAUAUUGUGCAAAAACAAUUUCAUUUCAAUGAUCCAUCUUCUUGGCCUUACAUUACUGAUAAAAUUAGAACACUACUAAUAGAACACGGACCAGAUCAUGGUAAAAAUUCAGAUUUUUCCUAUUCAGAGAACUUUGAGCAAAGAACAUUUUCAGCAGAUUGGUUUUUUAAAACACUCCCAAAUGGAGAUAAAAUUGAACGAAAUUGGCUAAUUAUGCUAUUUCCUUCACAAAAGAUGAGUAAGGCAUUUAUUACAGACCCCAAAAAAGGAUUUAGUGAUUGGAGAAAACUUAGUCCGAAAAUUCUUGACCAUGAAAACACAUUUGAACAUAAAUCUAAUGUAUUCUCAUGGAAAAGUUUUGAAAAACGUUUAAGAGAGGGGAAAACAAUCGAUAAAGAAUUACAAACAAAAAUUUUAAAUGAAAAAGAAAGGUGGAAGCAAAUUUUAAAAAUUAUUCUUGAUUGUGUUCGUUUUUGUUGUGUUAAUAAUUUGGCUCUUAAAGGUUCUAGUAAUGAUAUUAACAAGUCUAAUUGUGGAAUUUUUUAA